GCUAGAGCUGCAGGCGCGCAGGGCCGAAGACGCCGCAGACCCGCAACCCGGAGCAGCUCGGAGGCGGUGAAUAAUAGCUCUUCAAGUCUGCAAUAAAAAAUGGCCUCCAAUAAAACUACAUUGCAAAAAAUGGGAAAGAAACAGAAUGGAAAGAGUAAAAAAGUUGAAGAGGCAGAGCCUGAAGAAUUUGUGGUGGAAAAAGUACUAGAUCGACGUGUAGUAAAUGGGAAAGUGGAGUAUUUCCUGAAGUGGAAGGGAUUUACAGAUGCUGACAAUACUUGGGAACCUGAAGAAAAUUUAGAGUGUCCAGAGUUGAUUGAAGCAUUUCUUAAUUCUCAAAAAGCUGGCAAAGAAAAAGAUGGUACAAAAAGAAAAUCAUUAUCUGACAGUGAAUCUGAUGACAGCAAAUCAAAGAAGAAAAGAGAUGCUGCUGACAAACCAAGAGGAUUCGCCAGAGGUCUUGAUCCUGAAAGAAUAAUCGGUGCCACAGACAGCAGUGGAGAGUUGAUGCUUCUCAUGAAAUGGAAAGAUUCAGAUGAGGCAGACUUGGUGCUGGAGAAAGAGGCAAAUAUGAAGUGUCCUCAAAUUGUAAUUGCUUUUUAUGAAGAAAGACUAACUUGGCAUUCUUGUCCAGAAGAUGAAGCUCAAUAAUUGUUCACUUUUUUAUAUAUAUAUUUAUAUAUAUAUAUAUUAUAUAUAUAUGUAUAUAU